CAACCGGUUCAGUUGAACGCUUCCCGGUACAACGUCACCUCUGCUGUUACUAGCCUCAUCUAUUUCAAGAAAUACACAAUGCCAUUAAGCCCGGCUCAGUUUCUGAAAAAACAUUAUGAGCUGACCCCAUUGGUGGGAAUUAUAUCGUUUGUCGGCGUGUUGGCAGUAUCAGCCAUUUCAUACGCAGCGUACCAGAAAACCGACGUAGUUUUUCGAAAAAGGGCGAAUCCGUUCCCAUAUUAUGAAAUAAAUCCGUCAAGCCCACAAAAGCUCUUAACACUAAAGCAAAUAUACAAGCCAGACCCUAAGUUGGAAGCACUCCGGCGGGACAUCGGCUCCCCACCGUCACCCUACGCCAAAUCAGAGUAAAUGUGGGCACCACAAACCUCUUGUAUCGCAAUCCUGG